AAAAAUAGUUUUGUGCAGCACAGGUUUUUUAUUUAGUUUCCUGAACAUCUCAGGUCAGCUUUUUUGUUCAAAACUCCAAUGAUUAAUUUAACCCUUUGACACGUGAAUUUAUUUCAGGCUAUGAAAAAAAACCUGCAUUUGCUAAAUUGAGGUAAUUUUGGAGCAAAUGUGGUUUGAUUUCCAUCAGUAAAAUGAAAGCCUGGAGCAGCAGACGUUUAAAGAUUAAACCACAUCAGUAAAGGAAGGAUAAAUAAAUGGAGGCCAUUUGAAUGAAGACAGUAAAAGGUAUAUUUGAUUUUGCCUCUGCAGCGAUGGACUGGAAAAGCGCGCUAAAUCAAUCCACCCAGAACUCCUCCUCCCCAGCCUCAGACUCACCGCCCUCCUUCUCUUCCUGCUGCAACGCCUCACACCUUCUCCUCUCGCCGCCCCUCUUCUCAGUCCCCUCCUUCUCUGGCUUUGACUUCCUGAUCAGCCUGAAGCUCCUCUUCAUCCCACUCUACUCUGCCGUGGUUCUGGUGGCGUGCUCUGGGAACCUCCUCCUCCUCUUCUUCAUCUGGCACAACAAAAAACGACACAGCACCACAAAUUUCCUCAUCAGUAACCUGGCCCUCGUCGACCUCGUCAUGUGCGUCUUCUGCGUCCCCUUGACGGCGUCCUAUGCCUUUGACAGGCGUGGGUGGGUGUUUGGAUACCACAUGUGCCACUUCGUCGCCAUCAUGCAGUCUGCCGCUGUCUACGCAGCCGUCCUGUCGCUGAUGGCCAUCGCAGUGGACCGAUACAUCAUUGUGGCUUACCCCAUCCGCAAAAGAGCGGGCUGUAAGUUUUGCUGGGGUCUGGUGGUGGUCAUCUGGUUGUCCUCUUUGGGUUUGUCCUCACCCAUCGCCCUCCACACAGUCUACCUAGACCUGCACGCCGCAGGCCUGGAGAUGGCCGUGUGCGAAGAGUUCUGGGAUGGCCAGGAGCGAGGCCGCCUCAUUUACUCCUGCUUCAUCCUCCUCUUCUCCUACUUUGUGCCGCUGGCCGCCGUCUCCAUAUCUUAUUGCGCCAUCUCCUAUCACUUGAAGCAAAGGACCAUGUCCGGUUUGACCGCCUGUCUGGAGCUGAGGUCUGCACGGGCGUCCUGGAGCAGACGAAGAAGGAAGACGUUCUGUCUGCUGCUGGCGUCUGUUCUAUGUUUUGCCUUCUCCUGGCUCCCUUUGCAGGUGGUGAACCUGAUACGUGACCUGGACACAGAUUUUUCCAUCCUGGGGAAGAACUACGUAAAUGUCAUCCAGGUUUCCGCACACCUGCUCGCCAUGAGCUCGGCCUGCUACAACCCCUUCAUUUACGCCUCGUUGCACAAUAAAUUCUUGUCCUGCUUGUGUCUCCACUUCCUGUCUCAGAGGAGAGGAAAAGGAAAGUACCGGGGUCAAGGGUCAAGCAGCAUGACAAUGUCUCAUAAAAUGGCCCGCCUUUACACUUCCACCAUUGUGGCCGAUUUGCAAGGUGUUGCCAUGCAGGACAGGAUUCCCCAGGAAAACUACAGCUAGAGUUUGUUUUUUUAAGUGGGACAUUAACCAUGCAUACAUUUACCUCCAAUUUUCUGCUUUUCAGACUUUAUAAGUCUUGAUAGGUGUUGAAAAUGAACAAUUAACAGAGUGAAAUGAUAAAAUAUUUGAGGUCUAAACGAAUAUCUUUUCAAUUUCUCUGAAAUAUGUAUAUUUAAAAUGUGAUCACCUCUAAAAUAUCAUCUAUUUGACCGAAAUUUUCCUUUUUCUUCCGAUAAAAUAUGAGAAACAAAAAAAUAACUGUACUUUUUUUCCAUCCAAUAUAUAUCAGUGUUGUAGAAUUUUACAUUUAUGCUUGAUAAUGUUACAUAAUUUACCAUUUAUUAAUGUUUUUCUCAACCAGAAUCUGUUUCAAAAGUAAUGAAUAAUAUAAUAUUAAUAAUCAAUAUGAAAUGCAACCCAGUAUCUCCUGUCUGUCUACAAAGAGAAAAUGUUUUAUUUAUGUGGUCAACUCUGUUAUAUCUCUUAGAUUAUUUGUUAAUGUGCUUAAAAUAAAUGGUUGCUGUCAAAGUUAAGCCGCUUUCUGCUGUCCUUUUUCACGUUGGUGUCAGAAGUGGGAUUAUUUAUACUAUCAGCAAAGUAUUUUAAAUUGAAGUAAGAAAUCCUCAUAAUCAGUCAAUCUAGAGAAGGAAAGGGAAGAAAUAUGUGGUCCUUUUUAAAGCCGAGGUGUCACCAAGACAUCCAUCACCUCCAGCUUUCACCGUAUUGACAAUCAGACAAGAACUAUAGAGAACAGUAGCCUGAAUCCACCACACCCAGAUGGC